AUGGAGGCAAAGAAGGGGAACUAUGCCUUUCUGUGGGACGUGGCCGUGGUGGAGUAUGCAGCCCUGACGGACGACGACUGCUCAGUGACUGUCAUCGGCAACAGCAUCAGCAGCAAGGGCUACGGGAUUGCCCUGCAACAUGGAAGCCCCUACAGGGACCUCUUCUCCCAGAGGAUCCUGGAGCUGCAGGACACAGGGGACCUGGAUGUUCUCAAGCAGAAGUGGUGGCCGCACAUGGGCCGCUGUGACCUCACCAGCCACACCAGUGCCCAGGCCGAUGGCAAAUCCCUCAAGCUGCACAGCUUUGCCGGGGUCUUCUGCAUCCUGGCCAUUGGCCUCCUGCUGGCCUGCCUGGUGGCUGCCCUGGAGUUGUGGUGGAACAGCAACCGGUGCCACCAGGAGACCCCCAAGGAGGACAAAGAAGUGAAUUUGGAGCAGGUCCACCGGCGCAUGAACAGCCUAAUGGACGAAGACAUUGCUCACAAGCAGAUUUCCCCAGCGUCGAUUGAGCUCUCAGCCCUGGAGAUGGGGGGCCUGGCUCCCACACAGGCGUUGGAGCCAACGCGGGAGUACCAGAACACCCAGCUGUCAGUCAGCACCUUCCUGCCGGAGCAAAGCAGCCACAGCACGAGCCGGACACUCUCUUCAGGGCCUGGUAGCAACCUGCCACUGCCACUGAGCAGCUCAGCCACCAUGCCCUCCAUGCAGUGCAAACACAGGUCGCCCAACGGGGGGCUGUUCCGACAGAGCCCUGUGAAGACCCCCAUCCCCAUGUCCUUCCAGCCUGUGCCUGGAGGCGUCCUCCCAGAGGCUCUGGACACCUCCCACGGCACCUCCAUCUGACUGCGCCGCCUGCCCGCCCGCCCACCCACCCGACCAGCAGAGCUUUUUAAUACAAGAAACAACAACACACACCACACACACGCACACACAGAGACUCUUUCAUUUUUCUUGUACAUACAUGUAAAUAACGACAGAAUGGAGUGGGGUAAAAGUGUAUUUUGAAUAUUCCCAAUUUUCGAAGUCAGUAAAAAAAAAAAAACACAAAAACUGUAUGAAUGACUUUGUAAAUUUUGUUCUAUAUGAAUAAAAAGGCAAAUUACUUGUGAUCGUU